GUCUCUCUUUCUCUCUCUCCUCCUCCUCCUCUCUCUUUCUCCUUUGCAGAUACUGAAUGCGCAUCUUCUUCCUCUCUGGAUCCUGUUUUGGACCCAUCCUCAGUUCCACAGUGGGAAAGAGAACCGUGGGAAUUGUCUCAAACUUGAAGGAAAAAAAAAAAAAAAAACUUGUUUGCAGCUGUUGGAGCUCAUCAGGCGUGAAGGAGCAGCAGAGUCAUUUCACUGAGAACAUGUCCAGUCCAUUGGAACGCGUCGUAGCCCAGAAGAAGGAGGCCAUCGAGGCGGCGAUGGACAUGUUCGAGAAGGGGGCCGAGGUGUUGGCCAGCGCUGUGGGCGAGCUCUUCCCCCUCUGUGAGGCGGCCGCUCCGGUUCUCCGCCUCGCCUUGGACAACGUGCAGAGCAAAGAGGUCUUCUAUGUCAAAGAGCAAUUCCUCAUGGUGAGGAACAAGCUGGACGUUCUCUCGGCACAGCUGGAUGACAUCGACUGCGAGAUCAAGAAGGGGAGACUGGACUCGCAGUACUUCUCUGUGGAGGAGAACGUCAGGAACCAGUUCCGGAAAUACAUGGACAUCUUGGAGGCCAAACAACAGUUCAGGGAGGUGAAGACCCGACUUUUUCUUGAGCAUUUUUCCAAAACAGGAGGAGAGAAGAAUCUGUUUGUGCUGUAUGAUGCUCUGAUGGGGACAAACAGCUUCGGAGAGUCGGUCUUAGACGUGGUGGAAAGAUAUGUAGCGAGGAACCGUCGCCUCCUGGAAGAUUUCUGUGUCCGGAUGAAGGAGCUCUUCUGCCUGGGUCUGAUCGCUCUGCUGGGACACAGUGCCUUGACGCAGGGCCAAGAGGAAGAAGAGGAGAAAAUCCGAGAGUGGAGUAGCAAGAUUGAAGAAGUUGAGUCCAGGAUGAAGACCACUAUCGAGUCCUGCGUCGCUGGAUUUGCGGAGCAAGCAAAGUUAGAUUCCCAGCGCAUCCUGCAGGAAAAGCAAGAGGAGAACCUGCAGGAGACGACUCAGCAGCUUCUGGAGUUCUUGGUGAAAAAGUACGAUUGGGUCAACUGGUCAGUGCGGCUCAUCAACCACUCGGGCAGCACGUAUCGGAACUGGCGAGCAGGGGAGCAUUUUCAUCACGUGGCGGGACAGAACUGGUUCGAGGUUCUCCAGGUGAACAACAUCAACCUGGUGGUGUCGUUCAGCUCCAAACCCCAACCGGUGCCACGAGACUUCAUCCGGCAGGUGAUGGAGGGCCCGGGGAAGAAGGGGAAGGCCCCGGAAGCGGUGGAGGUGCUGGAGAAGCAGCUGUGCGGGUUUGUGGUUCACGCCGUCAGCCGCCACAAGGAGUCUGCGGCUGCGUGGAGCUUUCCGGAAGACUGUCACUACUGGGAGAGACACAAGAAUGUGGCGGUGUGUGUGCACUCAGAGUGAAGCUGUGAACGACUCGUCUAGUUUGUCCUCCUGAGAGUAUGUUCUCAAAAUUUCAGUUCAUAGUUUUUCCUUAAGACAUAAAUUAAGAAUCUCAAAACAGGGGACUGCCCCAAUCUGAUACGAUAAAUGGAAGUCUGCUUCAAUACAGAUCCAAAUAGGCAAACUAAAUAUUGCCAAGAUUUGAUCUCCUAGUCACAGUUUCAUAGAUUUCAAUCAUUCCAGUUGUAUGCAUUUCCUGACUGAAUUACAUGCAACAUGAUAUCACUUGUUAAAAAUAAUUUUAGCAAUUGAGCAAUUAUUUUGUCACUGUAGUCAUGCUAACUGAAGUCUUGCAGCAGGGACCGUUAUUGUUUACCUUCUUUUUAAUGUGAAUUAUUGCAUCCACAACAGUAAGUCGUAAUCUGUACAAUUUUAUUUAUUUAUUUGGGCUUUAGGAUCGUGGAUUAAGUAAGAAACCGGGUGGAGAGAGCGUGGGGAAUGACAUGCGGUAAAGGAGCCACAUGUUGGAUUCAACCUGCAGCAUACAUCAUAAGUUGAUGAGGUAGCGACCAAUACAUUUAUAAAACAGUAUAAAAUAUGAAAAUAUCUUUAAAAUAGUAUCAUACUUUCAAUAACAGUGUGUGGUUGCGCAAGAUAUCUUACUUUAGGUAUAAACUAGAACAGCUCAGAUGAGAUUGAUGCAGUGAGGUAUAAAUAUUUUAAAAGGUAAAAGCUGAAAUAGCAAGAUCAGCGAAUACUCUGAGUUCACAUAC